UAUGAGACAUAAAGUAAUUUCCCUUUGGAUGAGACCAUUAACCAUGCCCUAAUAUACGGAAGAUAAUGAAACUUUCACUGAGCUCAUCUAAACAUAAUGAUCCAGUCAUUCAUUAAAGGCAUGAGCCAUAUAUCAUGACAGGAAAGCAAUGUCCCCUUAUGCUUCAUGAGCAGAUCAUAAAGGCGACUCCCUCCACCUCGGGUUGAUAUCAGCACCACUCGUGGCCAGCCACAGAUCCCUGGCCCGUUAGCGCCUCCCUAACGACGCAGUGCGUGCUCCCAGUGUAGGUCUUUCUUAGAGGAUGUAACGAGAGAGGUUUGCCAUCGCACGCCAGUCGCCUCCCCUGCCCAGCCGGCUGCAGGCCACACGGACGGUGGAGACGGUGAGUGGCGGCAUCUGAGUCUCUCCUCUUGCUGUCACGCUCUCUGGCGCGAAAAUCCAAGCAGUACCGCUCAGCAUGCUAGCAUGUCAAAGUAAACAAACUAGCGAAACAACGGACGUGAUUUACGCUGGGGAAAAGUAAACAGGUGAGAGUUGUCUUCCCCACCUGACGGUCACCACGCUGCUAAUAACUCGGUGCUCGCUUUGUGAAGGCAAGCAUACAACAGCGAUAUCUGGAGGUAUACAAGUGUAGGCAUAAGUGUCCGUAAAGCAACACAUAUUGCUCCAAGUGCACGGUCCUGACUAAGGCAGUUUGUUUAGAGAGCGCUGGGACCUAGAGACAGGUCAAGUGGCCGACCUGGGGAAGACAACCCAGCAACACAGGCAUGGGGAUUGUUGAUAUUGCUGUACUGCUGGUGUUUUGUUGUAGUACAGCAUGGAUAUUGCUUUACGGAGGCUCGUGUAUGGCUGUUCAGCAGCGUUGGUAAUAAUACUCCAUGACCUGCACACAGAACAAGUCACUCACCUGGAUUGAUCAUUGGUUGCCAGCCCUCGUGACGUCAUCACACCUUACUGUGUCCGUGAGCCGACUUAACGAUUUUAUUUACUGUGAAACAAAAAAAGUCUACACAGAACUGAUUUCCUAAGAGCGGUUAAAGGACAUAAGACACUUUCUUCUUUACAAGCUGCAGGUGAGUGUUGGAUGUGUUGCUCUCACUGGGAGCGUUGCUCAAGCAACUACACUGAAACCAUUAAGCUCCGUCUACUUAGAAGCUUCUGGCAGGAGCUGGAACUCACAACUGCGGUGCUACUCGGCUGUGAUGACCAGGAGAGAAAUUUGUUGUGAAACGAUAGCAGACGACACACGGACAUCAAAAGCUUCACGUGCUGAGAUUCAAACAAGGGAAAAGGAAGCCAUUCCUUUCAGCGAGGGCCGUUGCUUCCUUCUUUGAAAUCUGCUCCCGAGGCUAUCGCUUGACAUCUCGAGUCCCGGAGCCUAUCAUCAAAAUCGACCUGGCAUCGCCAACUGCGUAAGGCACAUCAAAUGCGAUAAUGACGCGAACGUGAGGCCAGUGUACACAACUCACCGCAGCCUCCAUUUCACGGCGCGCGCAGGUAGCGGCCAGUGUGUCUUUCAACGUGCUGGGAGCAAAUAUAUUUGUUUCAAUUUGGAGAUGUCGGUCUCACUUUCAUUUACUGCUCGAAGCUGCUAUUGGUGUCAUAAGCUUCUCAUAAAGCAGAAUCCAUAAAGACAAGACUGGAGAAAGAAGAGCUAGCCAGAAGGGAAAUUCAGCCAUUGUGAGGAUCAGCUGCAUCAUCUGUCCCCGUUCCCCACCCGACCUCGGCAACGAUUGUCCGCAAACCUUGUGUACACUUGCAGCACAUUCCUCUAUCAGUACGCAGAGGAAGAAUGCGACUCUCUCUCCAUCCUGAGUGAAAUGUUGGACUCGGAGACAUCUUCACAACGCAGAGCGUUGCCCCAACGAACGGAGACAGCAAACUGAGGAACGAACACACUUUCGUAUUACAACUUGUUUUCUCCCGACAGUUCUCAAGCUGAUCUAGGUAAUUGCUGUUAGUGGUAUCCUCUUUAUUUUGAUGAGCAUUUUGUACUGAAAUAUUUAUUCCAAGCAACGCAAACAACACGAAUUGCCGAAGAUUCUGCGUUAAUCUCAAUUAUGUCAAUGAACACUACAGUUAGAGUUGACAGGUAUUAACUUGAGGACCGCAAUAAUUGCUGAAGGAUCCGGUGCUUGCAGGACGCUAAGAUUAAUGAACUCUGAAACAACUUCAGUCAAUUCGAAACUUAAUAUGCGAUCCUCGGAUGUAGACACGUUACUACACGGAGGGAUCCCGUUACACAAUUGAAAACAAAUAUCUUCCUUCAUGGUGUUUUGUUUUCUAGCAUGCUUUGAUGCAACCCGUUAAGCUCGCUAAUUCAUCUCCCGAGAGGGAAUAACUGCCUGCUGAGGAGGAGAACUGUUCUUUGGCCAAGCAUCGUCCUUGCGCGGGCGUGCAGACACGCACACAGUCAGAGCCGCCACUGGGCUCCCAUAGUCUGUCGAUGUCAUUCAUAGGCGUCGUGCGUUUGUCUGGUGGUUAAGUGACUCCGGUCCUUGCCAACGGUACCAGCACUUCUCUCUACAACUCUCUUCCGGUAUACCCUGUGACAAUGACGGUCUGCCCUGUAACCCCAGCGCUUAUAUCUUUUUCUCUGUCCUUCUUACUAUUCUACCAUGUUGUCAGCGAGGAUGUCAAAGACAUGCUUGUGGACUGGAGACCACCUGUGGCGGGCGGUACGAGCACCAUUGCAGACACAGCAAGGUCGAGGGAACAAACCGAGGUCACUCAACGGAAAAGGCUCACGGAAGCAGGUCAAGUGUUAUUUGAUGUCAGCCGCGAGGUCACCAGCAUUCAUCCACACGGGAUGUUAAACUCUUCCAAGCACAGCGGAUACGAUCAGGAACGUAUGUCGACAAAGAAACAAGCGCCUGUGUCUUUGAAGAAACGACAUUCACCAACCAAACUUCACCUCAACGUAGUGUUUCUGCUGCCAGCCAAAGACUUCUACUUAUUUUCCUACAAGCACGUGCUGCCUGCCUUCGACGUCGCUAAAAACAAAUUUCUGCAUGACGUGAACAUCACCGUCCGUUACAACGACACUAAGUGUAAUUCAAGGAACGCGCCCAUCGCCCUCUUUGACUUCUACAGUCAGGACCUAGUGGACGUCGUCUUCGGCCCUGUGUGCGACUUUUCUCUGGCCCCCGUCGCGCGCUACACACCAGUCUGGAACGUUCCAGUCAUCACUUCCGGUGGGUUUGCUCAUGACUUUGAUGAAAAGCAAAAGCUGGAUUCGGAGUACAACACACUGACCCGCAUGGGCCCGAACUUCUCCUCCAUGUCCGAAUACAUCCUGCACCUGCUGAAAACCUUCGGUUGGAAAAAGUUGCAGCUGUUGUACGACCAGGCAGGUAAAGACUACAUCAUGGAAAAGUUCUGUUUCCUUGCUGCCUCGACCAUCAUCUUUUCCUGCAAGAUGAAGAAAACGGAGAACGAUUUCCACCUGUAUAUUCCGGAUUCACAGGACAUCGGCAAGAUGUUGACGGAGAAAGUUGGAUUAAAAUACUCAGUGGUCGUACUGUGCGCCUCUCCAGACUCGGUCAGAGAAAUAAUGAUCAAGGCUCACGAACUCAACUUUGACAACGGAGAAUAUGUCUUCUUUAACAUCGACCUCUUUAGCAGCAAGAACGACAGUCAGCAGCCGUGGUACAGGGAGCACGACACCCCGGAGCGCAAUGCCAAGGCCCGCAAGGCCUUCGAGGCGCUGAUGACCGUCACCCUGCGGAAGCCCACGUCAGCUGAGUACCGCCGCUUCUCGGAGGAGGUCAAGCACAGGGCGGCCAUCAUGUACCCCAACUUUACAUACGGGGAGGAAGAGGUAAACAGCUUUGUCGGCGCCUUUCAUGACGCGGUGUUGCUGUACGCUUUGGCGCUCAAUGAAACGCUGGCGGCCAACGGUUCUGUUUCUGACGGGGCUGCCAUCACUAAACGCAUGUGGAACCGGACGUUUGAAGGCAUCACGGGAAACGUCAGCAUAGAUGCCAACGGGGACAGAAAUGCCGAUUACUCGCUGCUGGAUCUCAAUCCACAGACAGGAAAGUUUGAGGUCGUGGCAAAUUAUUAUGGCAACAAGAAACGGUACGAGGCUGUGCCGGGCAAGUCCAUUCACUGGGCUGGAGGGAGAACAGGCCCACCACCCGACACCCCCGUGUGUGGCUUCGAUGGGUCGAAAUGUCCGCCAGAAGAGCCGUUCCCUGAGUAUGGCAUUGUUAUCAUCGUCCUGGGCUCCAUUCUCAUCAUCGUUAUCGUCGCGGUCUUCUUCAUUUACAGGCACAUCAAGCUGGAGGCCGAACUGGCUGAGAUGAACUGGCGGGUCAAGUGGGAGGACACUUUUGGGUCUCCGGAGAAGAACAAGAAGCUGGAGAGGCAGGGCAGCAAGCUGAGUCUCGUGAGGAGAAAUUCCUACGCCAGCUCUGCAUCUGGAGACACAAUUGCCUUCCACCUGAGUGAUGCUGGAAACAGACAGCUCUUCACUAAAACGGGUUACUACAAGGGAGCAAUUAUAGCUAUCAAGAGCAUUGCCCGCAGCAGCAUCACUGUGAGCAAGCCGCUGCUGCUAGAGAUCAAAAGGAUGAAGGAUUUGCAAAAUGACCACAUCGUCCGAUUUAUUGGAGCUUGCAUCGACUAUCCCAAUCAAUGCAUUCUUACUGAGUACUGUCCUAAAGGCAGCCUCCAGGACGUGUUAGAAAACGAUCAAAUCAAGCUGGACUGGAUGUUUCGCUACUCCAUUAUGCAGGAUAUUGUGAGGGGAAUGGCCUAUCUCAAUGGUACAGACAUCCGUUCCCAUGGCAACUUGAAAUCGACGAACUGUGUCGUCGAUUCUCGUUUUGUCGUCAAGAUUACAGACUUCGGCCUUCAUUACUUCCGCUCCAACUGUGACGCUGUGGAGGAGGAGAAUGCAUACCGGAACUUCCACAGUCAGUUGUGGACGGCCCCCGAGCUACUACGUAUGCACAGCCGGCCGCUAGAGGGCACGCAAGGUGAUGUCUACAGCUUCGCCAUCAUUUGCCAGGAAAUCGUCUACAGAAAUGGCGUCUUCCAUCUCCUUGAUCUUGACCUCACACCCGAGGAGAUUUACCUGAAAGUGAAGAACGGGGUGCGGCCCUACUUCCGGCCCACGCUGGAGGAGUACGACUGUCCUUGUGACGAACUCGCUGAUGUGAUACGACGAUGCUGGGCGGAGGACCCAUCAGACCGACCUGACUUUACUCAGCUGAAGUCAAUCAUUCGGAAACUGAAUAGGGACGGUGACAAGGGUAACAUCCUGGACAACCUGCUGUCGCGCAUGGAGCAGUACGCCAACAACCUGGAGGCGCUGGUGGAGGAGCGCACGGCAGACUACCUGCAGCAGAAAAAGACAGAAGACCUGCUGUACAGCAUGCUGCCCAGGUCCGUAGCGCUGCAGCUAAUCCGAGGCGAGUCGGUGACAGCCGAGUCGUACGACUGCGUCUCCAUCUACUUCUCGGACAUCUGCGGCUUCACCGCCAUGUCGGCUGAGUCCACGCCUAUGCAGGUUGUUGACCUUCUAAAUGAUCUUUAUACUACGUUCGACUCGAUCAUCGAGAACUUUGAUGUGUACAAGGUGGAGACAAUAGGUGACGCCUACAUGGUAGUGUCGGGACUACCGGAAAGAAAUGGUGACUUGCACGCCCGAGAAAUUGCCCGGAUGUCCCUGUCAUUGCUGGACGCCGUCAUGUCAUUCCGCAUUCGUCACAGGCCGAAAGAACAGCUCAAACUCAGGAUAGGUAUUCACACAGGCCCUGUGUGUACUGGAGUCGUGGGUCACAAGAUGCCUCGCUACUGCUUGUUUGGAGAUACAGUGAACACAGCUUCCAGAAUGGAGUCCAAUGGAUUGCCUCUGCGCAUACACGUCAGUCCUGCUUCCAAAGUGGUCCUCGACCGUUUCGGGACGUUUGAGUUGGAGUCGAGAGGUGAAGUAGAGAUGAAGGGUAAAGGACUCAUUCACACCUACUGGCUUCUGGGAGAGCGGACCUUACAAGACAGUCCCGCCACAACUCUCAACAUUUUAUGAUCUCACUCAUGCCAUCAAUGUGGUCUAGACAUCAUUAACAGUAUUGUAGGAUGCCACGCCAGUUUUUAUCUCCUUGGUCCAAUCUAUAGAGGAACCAGGGACAUGGCAACGCCCUGCACCAGCCACCAAAGAAGACCAUGAACAUUCUAGGGUCUUGCUACAGAAGCAAUUGCUCUAUUUAGGGAACUAUUACUGACACUCAAGUAUUUUCUGUUGGAUUUUUAUUCUGGAAACAUUGGUGCCUGUGGUGUUUUCAACAAUCUUACAAGUUAAUUAAACUUCCCGUGGAUGACUUUCCGGUUGUGCACAAAUACUCCCAUCCCCCAUUAAACUUGUGAACCACCAAUGUCACCUCCAUGCGUCUUUUUCCAAAAGCAAAUUGAAGUUGUCUCCAAACCUGCGAAAUUCGAGGACAACAGAAUGAUAUGGAAAUUCCGGCCGAUGAUCUGUUUAAACCUUGAAAACAAGUCUACAAGUGAUUGGAGUCCCAGUGAGUUUUAAUUGGGGUCUGAUUUAAGAAACCUGCUUGAGGAGACCAGAAGGUGGGUUAGGACACAGCGUGGUUUGAAGGCUGCAGUGUAUAGUCUAGGAAACAUCUGACAUGAGGUGUGUUCACACUAGACGACGGGCACAGGCUAUUGUCUACAAGCCACGGGGCGAGGAACAGUGUGAACAGUGUGAACAGCCUAAGUGACCUUCCCACUCGCAGCUUGGCGAUACAGGCCUCAAGCUGUGACCUCGUAUUUGGGUUGUAUCAACAGACAGACCUCUUGUGUAUUAUUGUCCACUCUCCCUACCUUGUUUCUCGUACUGAUUUGUUGCUACUCGUUAUGCACCACUGUUUGCAGUGAAUGCCUACCUUACUUCACGCAAGGCUGUACAUUCAUCGGGAUACAAUGUCUUCACUCUCAUUUCUUUGGAGUAAGAACCUUAAUCGCUAUUUGAUCGAGAAAACCGUACAGUUAUCAAUAUUUGCUUGUCUUAGUUGGUCCAGUGAGAAAAUAUUGGUAAAUUUAAAAAAAUUAUUUGUACAAUGAGGCACUGCUUGGUUAUUGUGUGUCGAUCACACCAUUUAUGCUCAUGUGAAGCUGCUGUCUUCUUUUCGGAAGAUACGAUUUGUGUAUAAAGUGUUUCAGGUGUAUAAUUCUCUGUAUUUUAAGAAGGCAUUGUUUCAGGGUUUUUUUCAUACAGGUAUCCCCUCCCCUAUAAUAGUAAAAUAGAUGAAGAUUAAAUUUUAAUAAAGGCUAAGUGUUACAAAAACAAUCUUUUGGCUGUUACAUCAUUUGCGCUGAUCUAUUUUGUUUAUUUCCGCUUCUUAUAAUAUUCUUUUUUUAAAUAUAUUUUUUGUCUUUUUGUCAAUAUGUCGCAGAUGUAAUUUUCACUCAGCACAUGUUGCACGUGUGCUCCUUGAAGUCGGCAGUUAUUGUGUGAUGUAAUUUUUGUAUUAUGCUGUUUCCCUCUCUUCUCCUUGUCUAAAUGCAACAUUUAAUUAAUGUUAUACCAUUGUCUCUGCCCCUGGACUAACAGGACCGCCGACUGCUUCUUGACAUCACACAACAGUAGUCUGUCCUUGCGGUCACACGGCAGGCCACUGCCCAUUGACAACAAACAACAAUUUUCUUCGUCGUAGUCAUCCAUGUACACGACUGUUGUCUGCCCUUCGACAGCUAAUGACAGUUCUCUGCUGAUUCUCGCCAGCUGUUUCACAGCAAGAUGGGCCUCUCAGAGGAUUCGGACAAACAUUUUCUGCUGUGAAAUGAUGCUUUCUUGUGUUUAAAAUCUCUCUCUUGUUCAAAAAUGUUCAGCAAUUUCAUAAUCGUCGUCUUCGUCUUCAAUCAACAAUAGGUUCUCAGAGAAUGUCAAAAGAUAUUAAUAACUUUCAUUUUGUUAGCUUUCAUGAUGGUUCCAUCAAUAAACAGAAUAUUCCAUCGACGACGACUACGACGACGAUGAUGAUGACGAUGAUGAUGAUGACUACGACGACGAUGAUGAUUUUCUGAAAGUGCAACGACAAAAUAAAAAUGAGUCUAUGUCUAUCUUAAUGUUAUAAUCAAGCAUUUUCUGAAGGAACUGUAAAGUUAGAAAGUAUGAGAGAAGGUUGUAAUAGAAUUUUUCUUGUUAUUGCCUAUCUGCAUUAAUUGCUUAAAUUAAUAUUCUAUAGAAUAGGCCUCGUGUAUCCUACAGAAAGAAUGGAGCAAUUUUAUUUAAAAUGACUCACUUAAAAAUUAUUUUAAAAAAUAAAAAUACGCACACACAUGCUUAGGAAAGUAACCCGUUUACACACUUUAUUGCCAUGCGCCCAGUAUACCAGUCACUCACUUUACAUCUGCUCACGCUCAUGCAAUAUAGACCAUGCGUGCAAAUAUACUAGCACACACACACUUGGUAAGUAGUCAUGUGCACCCAUACAACUGCUACAUAGUUGAAAAUAUGUUUUUGGGAAUAAGAAACUUGAAUAUAGUGUCUAGAAACUGGAUAAUACUUUGGUACCUCGGUACUCGACCACGAUCUGUUCUGGAAAGAUGGUUGGAUGCUGACCAGUUCGAUUGCCGAGCACAUUUUCCCAAUAAAAAAUAGUGGAAAUUUAUUUCAUUGGUUCCUGCACCCAUCAGUAGCUAUAUCUAGCACUGUAUUAUUCAUACUAUUGUAUAGUAUGAGAUAAAAAAUCCGUUUGGUUCAAGUGAUCUGUUUUUAUUCUAUGUCCACCAAUAAUUUCUUCAGUUCUUUCGUUUUUUGAGAUUUUUGAUACCGUUUUACUCCCUUAGCUACCUCAGCUGAUCCAAUGAUCUCUUUAAGUUUCAGUAUUGUCGAUAUUUUCAACUUAGCCAUACCAUACUGAAUGCCAAAUUCAGACUCAUUUACCACUCAUACUUGGUAAAAGUUCUUUUUUAAAUUCAAUUCUUGUUCUUACUGUUUUCCUCGUCCUUCGUUUUUAGCACAAGUUUCUUUUUAGGUGCUAAGGUGAUCCUAUGGUGUGUGUGUGUGCACGUUAUAAUAGAUAUCGUGAGCACAACACCAACACGGAGGUACCACUGCAGUGUCAAGAAAGUCAAUGUAGUAUCGAGAAACUACGAACACUCAGAGUGACACCAUAAUGCAUGGCGUCCCAAAAACAGUCUCUGGAAUUACUUUCCAAAUGCAGCAUAAAUCCUUUUUUUCACUAAAAUUUCUAUAAAAAAAAAUCUUAGGUUAUCUAAAAGUUCUUAGGACACCGAAUAGUUUAACUCUUUCCACUUAUUUUUGCUCAAAUAGAUAAACAUAGGAGUUUAUAAUUAGUAAUCUAUCGUUAUACGAGCUGUCAUUUUUGGAAAUCCAGUAGUAAGGGCCUUUUACCAAGAUGGACGUAUUCCACUUGUAAGCUACUGUUAUUUAGAAUCACAGUUAAAGUUUUAAUCAUGCUUUUUUCUUGAACACACGUAAGACUUGUGUAGAAAUGUUGUUUGCCAGUUUAAUGUCUCUUCUCCAUACUGUGGCUUUCUUCUACUCAUCCCCGCAUUUCUCUGGUUGGUCUCAUUCCGAUAUCACUUUAGUAAACGACUAUAUAUCUUUAAUUUAUUCAUUUUUCCCCUUGUUUUCCUUUUCCGCUCUCUCUCUCUCUGGGCAUGUGUGUGUGUAAAAGAGAAUGUGUGAAUAUACAGGUAUUGCUUAUUUCUUAAAAGAUAUCUUUAUAUGUUGUUUUAUGUAUUCUAGUUGUUUGAUUACACUAGAAUGUGAACUAAGUAAACAAUACAGCAUAAUAUACUUCUGUGAUGGAAUCUAUCUUGAUGCUGUUGUAUGUGUGAUUGUAAUUAUCAAUAUUCCUAUAAGAAAUCCAUCAUCAUUAAACUGAAAAUGUUGUUUUAACAGAUGAUCUGAAAAGGGUAGGAAAAUGUAUUUAUUAUUAUUAUUGACGUUGCUCUGUAAACAACAUAUCGAAAAUGUUGCAUUGUAUGAAUUGUUCCCAUGUGUUUUCAAAUCAGCACUUUUCAGUGUCCUCGUCACUCCAUUAAAAGUAGAUAUCCUUGUCUGUCUCAAAGAGAAGAGGAUCCUGGUCCUGCAAGCAAAGUCUAUUAGUCACUCGUUUUCUGCACUGACCUGAAAGGCGCUGUAGAGAGAAAAGAAAAUUUGUGCGUCUAUCUCGUAAAAGUGCCCACCUUGCUAAGUGUUAAAGCUUGGUCGGUAUAUGGAUGAUGUGUUGACGCUUUGUGUCGUUCUUUAAUUGAAAAUAAACAAAUAAUGUGAUAUGUA